CUCCUGAGGUGAUGGCGGGCGGGGAGGUUGUCCCUGCCCCCCACCUCCACGUCCGUGGGCGAGUGACGCCCCUCAUCCUGCUGAGGAGAAGGGAGCUGUCAGGUCCUCGGGCUGCGUGCGAGGAAGGUGGGAGUCAAUCACUUUGACAAGUCUCCUGAAAGGAACAGCCAGCAGGAGCUGAAACCUUUUCCAUUUGGUCUCGUGGCAAAGGCAGAGAUUGCUCCAGCAGCUCCACACAAUAUGACGUGCUCACUAUUACCCUCUGAACAGUCUUCUAGUACCUCUUUUCUGCCUAAAGACAAUGCCUCAUUUUCUUGGGGUUCCUCGGAUGAAGAUGAGUUGGAUGACUCCUUGUUGGAGUUUUCUGACGGAGAAGAAGAUGAUGGCCAUUUCAGUUUCACAGAAGAAGAGAUUGAGAUGCUCUUGAAGGACGAUGAUGGUGGGCAUAAUGAGUAUAGAGCGAGAAAGAGUCAAAUUCUACCCCAUACUCCUCAAGAAAAUUCUUUGUACAGCUUGGGACCAGCAGCUGAAACCCCUGGCUUCCUCAAACUACCUCAACUAAGUCCAUCAGUUGGUCAUGGGCCAACUCCUAGUAAAUCAUUAAACAGACACUUUGUACUUGAAAAGAAUCUUAUAAAAGUAACUGUUGUUGCACCAUUUAAUCCAACAGUUUGUGAUCCUGUGCUUGAUAAAGACAAGAUCGAUUCCUCCAAAGAAACGGAAAAACCUGCCUCCCUUCAGGAACAGACGAGAGAAGACGAUCUUCAUCCUAAUGAGAGUAAACGUUGCACUGAACCUGAAGGGGUCAGUCCCAAUAACUCUGCUUGGGAUGGGCCCCUGCUUUCUUCUCCUUCAAACAAUAACAUCGAACAAACUGCCUCAGAUAAAAAUAUACCUGAAAGUAAGAAACCUACCCCUGUGUUCUCUCAGAUCUCCAACCAUUCAGAAGUACCCAACAGGAAAAAUAGUGGAUCACACAAAUCAGGUUGUGAAGUGAGAAUUCCAGUUGUGUCCAGUUCAUCAAACAGACAUGCCUUUGACAAGGAUUCUGGGGAGGCGAAAGGUGAGAGAAGACUAGGCAAAGUCAUCCCUGUGCUACAAACCAGGACUAGGAUGUUUUCACAAUCAGAUCUAGAAAAACAGAAGGACAUUUAUCUCAGCAAAGUCAUUGCGCAUAUAGAAGACCCAGGGGACUCUAACCAAGGUGCCUUGGGAGAGCUCGAUGCUCUGAUGGAUCAAGUUCAUAUGCAGAACCCAGACUGGCAGCAUCCUUCAGAUCUUACCACACGAAAUUAUGCCCGGUUCCGACAGCGACCUCUGCAGAGAUACAGUCUGAGUCAGUGGGUUGACAGAAACAAGCGGAGCCACCACCGUUUCCAGCGCCUCCCAGACUUCUCAUACAGUCCCUAUGUUUCACCCCAUCCACAGUGACCGUCCCACCCAGGACUCUCCACAGCAGCACCGUACUCCUCUGCCAUUUGUGUUUGUAUAUUUUGAGUUUUAUUUUUCACAAGAUUUUUAUUUAAAGAAUUUGUCAACUUUUGGAAGUGCCCAUUACUGUCUUGAAUUUUUUUUUUUUUUUUUUUUUUAAUGAGGCCACCUCCGCAUCCCUGGUUUGUGUCUGUCUGUUGUACAUGUUCAGCAAUGUUAAGCAGUGUUUUUCUGUUUGUUCUUUGUUGUUGCUGCUGCUGUUUUAAAAUUUGAAAUGAAGGUGAUUCCCUUCUGAAGGCCUGUGACAAGUCAGAACAGCUGUAAGCACAGGCAGUCUUGUUCAACCGGAAGGAAGUAUCUUUCCGUCUGCUGUAAGGAGGAGGUUGUUCUGCAGGCUAAGGGCCGGUGUUAGUAUUGUUGACUUGUGAAUAGAUAGAGGUCACUUUUAACAGCCCCUCUUUUUAAAUCUGAGUUUCUUGAAUACUUGUCAGUAUUUUAAUGUUGCCAAUUCAGUACAUUGGAAAUAGGAUAGAUCUGUGGUUGUGCUUCCGCGGUGCGGGGCUCUUCUGCUGGCCUCUGAGCCAGAAACUUAAAAAAAAAAAAAAAAAGAAAUAGGAUAGAGAGGGAGAAAAGUCCUGUUGCAAGGAUAGAUUAAAAAUGUAAAUCCUCUCCUUUCUGUACCUAUUAGCUGCCUUUAAAAAAAUUAUUAUUAAUGGCUCCUUUCACUCUCUGUUAAAUAUCUUUUGUUCAUAAUGUUUGAAAUCUUAUACAUCUUAACUGACAGAAGACAGCUGACUAAUCCUUGUGGUUCUCCGUGGUCUUGUGACUGGUUGAUCUCUGCCCCUUUUCAGAGUUAAGAGGCGCCUAGGGAUCUUUGGUUUCUUCUGCCCCAAGUUCAUGUGUUGCUGCUAAUCAAGGGACCUUUUCCUAUGAAAUCCUUCGGGAGUCACGCUUGCCUCUCCUGUUGGUACAGGUACCCUUUAUACCCUGCGUGUUAGUUGGUGUUGUGGCUUUUGGUCCCUUGUUUCACAUUAGUACCGGAGCAGCUGGGCAAAGUAUGAUUGAGCCCUGCACCACAACCUCACCUACUCUAGAGUAAGGUGUGGUGUUCCCGCCAAAGCUGACAGGCUCUGUGUACUGUCUUAAUGGAUGUCUUAGAAGAUCUGUACUUCUUACAGGCAGCUCUAGGCGACAUUCUGAGAGGGUUGACUGUAUGACAUUGCUGCUGUGGCCGUCACUCUGAAGUGACUCAGAGUAGCCUAGCCUCUGUCUGCUUUUCUUUCUGUAGUCUCAUCGUAUAUGUGGCUAACCCACCCUAAGUAGUCUACUCCACUUCAGAAAAGUGAUCUUUUUGUUCUGUUUUGUUUUUAUUUUUCAAGAUAGGGUUUCUUUUUAUACUCCUGGCUGCCCUGGAACUCACUCUGUAGACCAUGCUGGUCUUAACUCACAGAGAUCUGCCUGCCUUGCCUUCCGACUGCUGGGAUUAAAGGCGUGGAUCACUACUCUUUGGCUAAAUAAGUGACCGUGAUUAGGAAAAUCUUGAUUUUGUUUGUUUUGUUUUCAAGCCCUUAGUAGGUUUGGAUAAAUGUUCCCAAGUGUUUGUUAGUUUUAUCCAGUGAAGGAUUUUUCUUCCUUACUUACCUUUUUUUGUGGCAGGGUCUCCUGUAAAGCCUAGGCUAGCCUUCAACCCACUAUUUAGCCCAAGAUGGUCUGCACUUCUGAUUUUUCAGCCCUGCCUCUCAAGUGCUAGGAUUGAAGGUGAGCAGCAUCAUGCCCUCCCUCCAGCCCCCACCCCAAGACGGGUUUUUGUGUAUCCCUCCUGACUGGGUAGACCAGGCAGGCCUCCGAACUCAGAGAUUCGCCUGCCUCUGCCUCCUUAGUGCUGGGAUUAAAGGUGUGCACGCCCUGCUUUUGACUUUUUUUUUCCCCCAGAAAGAAUUUUCUGUUCCUUAGUUCUUUGGUUUAGAUUCUGGGACUAGAGUUUGAAAGGCAAAAUAGUCCAGUUGCCUCUCUUGGUGGGCACAGUUGUCCUUGGCCUCAGUGGUCACUUGUCCAAGCUGCUGUAAUUAGCCUGAUAGAAUGGCAUAUGCCAAACAAUCCACUUUGGGACCAAAACAAACUCAAAGUCAGUAUCGCUGGUGGCUGACGUUCCCCACGGGUGCCCCAGAGAGUGAAGGGACAGCAUUUUGCGUAGGCAAAACUCUAAGAUGUUCCUGCUCUCCUGGCACCAGGAGGAAUUAAGACUGAAUGUAUAAUGGGAGCAUCGCCUUUGCCAAAUGAGAUGAGUGACAGGUUAACUAGAAAUGUGACAAUCACAUUUCCUGUAGCUCAGAUGAUUCUGUUCUUCCAAAGUGUUAGCAGCCUAAUUAAAUCUGCUGGACGGGGGGUGGGGAGGGAGCUGUUCUGUAGUGGUUAACAUGGUAUUCUUUAAGGAGAAAAAAGCCAAAGAGAACUCGUCUGGCUUCUUAGCCUUUAAGAUGGUAAUGGGCAGAACCUGGGUUUAAUCUCUUCAGAGCUGCACAUCUUGUACGUUUGAGAUUGGCCUCUAAGUCUUGUAUUGCAGAUUAAAUUGUUGCUGUCUUUUUAAAUUUGAGUGAGGGUUAUGUGCAUUUAACUGUGUACCUGUCUUUUAUCAUCCCCAGGACAUUCUUACCAUAGGGGUCUUGACACAGCAAAGUAAAAAAGUGUGUUUGUAAAUAGUUACUUGUAAGUAAGGAGUCUAAAUAACAAUAGUUUUGCAUCUAACCUGGGCUCCGAUAUACUUGCAUUGUUGUCAGGGUCAAUUAUGAAACGUUUGGUGCCUCCUUUUUUAUCAUGUUUCCCCUUGUAGCGGUUGUGUUUAAUGUCAUUAAAAAGAAAUAAAAGUUCUCGUCAGUGGCA